UGCUGUAGCAAGUAGCUAGCAACCUUGUCAGAGUUAAAGCUGUUGAGUUGACAAUAUGUCAAUAAUGUAGCUGUCGUCCGAGCCGUAGCCACAUGUUCUGGUCCGAGAAGAUGACCGCCUGCAAAUGAAUGCCGUGUCUCGGGGCCAGUGUGUGACCGAGCACGACGCGGUUUUUUAAGCUAGCGUUAGCUUAAGUUACAAGAUUGACAAGAUAAACGGCUGAAGUUCCUCCGGAGUGAGAUGGGCAACGCUAGGCUGACCAGGGGUAGCUUAUGUAGCGAGUUAGCCAGCUAGCCGGCUGAGUGCGACGCGGAAAUAUGAGUAUUUCCAGAUGGAUUUCGACCGUGAGUAAUUUCUUAUUUAUCCGGGCUGCUAUUUGAGAACUAAUCUCAAAGAAGGGAGGCAGCGGUGUCCGGCCGAAGCUGUCAAACUCUCGCCCGUCCCGGCUGCAGCGCUGGCCUAGGGAGCUAGCAGGCUACCUAGCUGCCCGUCUGGCUCACCGACCAAAGGUGCCUGUAGUCGAUGGCCUGCCUGCCAGCCAUGGACACUGUGACUGACACAUGCCCCGCGGUGCACCAGAACGGGACCGCCCACCGGGAAUCUCCAGACACAAGACCGGCCGCUGCUGUUCUGAGGCUUCACUUCUACCACAGCAGCCAGGGAGCGGCUGAUCGCGGCUCUCUCAGCUACCCACCUGGAGACUAUGUGGCUGAGGAGCUGUGCAUAGAUGCAGCCAAGGCGUGCAGUAUCUCACCUCUGUACUGCUGCCUUUUUGGUCUCUUCCGAGAGCGAGACCACUUGUGGUUUUCACCCAACCACAUCUUCCAGCUUGACGAUUCAGCCUCUGAAGAUGUGUUCUUCAGAAUACGGUACUACUUCCCUGGCUGGUACAGCGGUGGAGCAUCCCGGGCUUAUCGAUACGGGGUCGCCAAGGGGGCAGAAAGCCCUGUGCUUGAUGACUUUGUAAUGUCGUACCUCUUCUGUCAGUGGAGGAACGACUUUGUGAAUGGUUUGGUGAAAAUCCCCAACUCCCACGAGACCCAGGAGGAGUGCCUUGGUAUGGCUGUUCUGGACAUGACAAGAACAGCCAAGGAGAGACAGAUGUCGCCUCUGGACAUCUACCACACGAUAAGCUACAAGUCCUUCUUGCCAAAGGAUAUGAGAGCUCAGAUCCAGGACUGCAAUUUCUUGACACGCAAGCGAAUCCGCUUCCGCUUCAAGCGCUUCAUCCAGCAGUUCAGCCAGUGCCGGACCACGGCGCGCGAUCUUAAGCUCAAGUACCUCAUCAGCAUGGAGUCACUGGAGAAGGCCUUCUACACGGAGACCUUCCAGGUCAGAGAGCCGUCCAACGGGCAGGUCAUCAUCCUGGUGGCGGCAGACACCGGCAUACAGUGGUGUCAAGAGAAGCUGAAAGAUUCUGAACAGGAGCUGAAGACCGUGUGCGACUUCCCCGACGUCACCGACAUCGGCAUCAAACAGGCCAGCAAGGAGGGCGCCGCCGAGAGCCGGGUGGUCACCAUCAACAAGCAGGACGGCAAGAAUCUGGAGCUGGAGUUCCCCAGCCUGUCUGAAGCCCUCUCCUUUGUGUCCCUCAUCGACGGCUACUACCGGCUAACGACAGACGCACAUCACUACCUUUGUAAAGAAGUGGCGCCUCCUCGACUCGUUGAGACCAUAUCUUCUCACUGCCAUGGCCCGAUUUCGAUGGAGUUCGCCAUCACCCGACUUCAGAAGUGUGGAAACAAGCGGGGGCUGUAUAUUUUAAGAUGUAGUCCCAAAGACUUCAACAAAUAUUUCCUGACUUUCCCUGUUGAGGUGUAUGAUACUGUAGAGUACAAGCAUUGCCAGAUAACCAGGUCUGCCAGCGGAGAGUUUAACCUCACUGGAACCAAAAGAAACUUCAGCAGCCUGCAGGAACUGCUCAGCUGCUACCAAAAGGAAACCGUGCGCUCGGACAGCAUCGUUUUCCAGUUCAGCAAGUGCUGUCCUCCGAAAUCUAAAGAAAAGUCCUGCCUCCUCGUGUGCAGGAGCAACAAAGGCUCAGAAGUGCCCCUGUCUCCGUCGCUGCAUCGACACAACAUCAGUCAGAUGGUGUUUCACAAGAUCAGGAAAGAAGAUCUGGAAUUUAUGGAGAGUCUCGGCCAAGGGACAUUCACGAAGAUCUUCAAAGGGGUCCGAAAGGAGCUGGGAGACUACGGACUUGUGCACCAAACUGAAGUCGUCAUGAAAGUCCUGGACCAGGCUCACAGGAAUUACUCCGAGUCUUUUUUUGAAGCUGCCAGCAUGAUGAGCCAGUUGUCCCACAAGCACCUGAUCCUGAACUACGGCGUCUGUGUCUGCGGGGAGGAGAACAUCAUGGUGCAGGAGUAUGUGAAGUUCGGCUCACUGGAUACCUACUUGAAGAAGAACAAGAACUCAAUAAACAUUCUGUGGAAGCUUGAAGUGGCGAAGCAGCUGGCCUGGGCCAUGAACUUCCUGGAAGAAAAGCAUCUUGUUCACGGGAAUGUGUGUGCUAAAAACGUUCUCCUGAUCAGAGAGGAGGACCGGAGGACUGGGAACCCUCCUUUCAUCAAACUCAGCGACCCUGGUAUCAGCAUCACUGUCCUGCCCAAAGAAAUCCUGAAUGAGAGGAUCCCUUGGGUGCCCCCUGAAUGUAUUGAGGACCCUGCCAAACUGAGCCUGGCUGCAGACAAGUGGAGCUUUGGCACGACACUAUGGGAAAUCUGCAGCGGUGGAGAGAAACCUUUAGCAGCGCUGGACAGCUCUAAGAAAACCCUGUUCUACCAGGAUCACCACCAGCUUUCUGCACCAAAGUGGACCGAACUGGCUAAUCUGAUUACCAGCUGCAUGGACUACGAGCCCACAUUCAGGCCCACAUUUCGCGCCGUUAUCCGUGACCUCCACAGCCUCUUCACACCAGAUUACGAGCUGAUCGUGGACAGUGACAUCCUGCCAAACAGGACAGCGGGCUCUGGCUGGACAACCGGGGGGUUUGAAAACCAGGAGCCGGCCCAGUUUGAGGAGAGACACCUCAUAUUCUUACAACAACUGGGCAAGGGAAAUUUUGGCAGCGUGGAGAUGUGCCGUUACGACCCACUUCAGGACAACACCGGGGAGGUCGUGGCUGUGAAGAAACUCCAGCACAGCACGGCGGAGCACAUACGGGACUUUGAGCGGGAGAUCGAGAUCCUGAAGUCUCUCCAGCAUGAGAACAUAGUCAAGUACAAGGGCGUGUGCUACAGCGCAGGUCGGCGAAAUCUCCGUCUCAUCAUGGAAUAUCUUCCCUUUGGAAGCCUGCGAGAUUACCUCAUGAAAAACAAGGAGAGGAUCGACCACAAGAAGCUCGUGCAUUACACUUCUCAGAUCUGCAAGGGUAUGGAGUACCUGUCAAGUAAACGGUACAUCCACAGAGACCUGGCAACACGAAACAUCCUGGUGGAGAGCGAGCUGAGAGUGAAGAUCGGGGAUUUCGGCCUCACCAAAGUUCUACCUCAGGACAAAGAGUACUACAUGGUCAAGGAGCCGGGAGAGAGCCCCAUAUUCUGGUAUGCCCCCGAGUCUCUGACUGAGAGCAAGUUCUCCGUGGCGUCGGAUGUCUGGAGCUUUGGAGUGGUGCUUUAUGAGCUCUUCACCCACAGCGACAAGAACUGCAGCCCCCCUGCAGUCUUCAUGUCCAUGAUGGGGAACGACAAGCAGGGACAGCUGAUUGUCUAUCACCUCAUCGAGCUCCUCAAGUCAGGCAGCAGGCUGCCUCAACCCCUGGCCUGUCCCACAGAGAUACAUGAGAUCAUGGAGGAGUGCUGGGACAAAGACCCCGGCCUGCGUCCGUCCUUUAAGGAGCUGGCCCUCCGCAUCGACCUGUUCAGGGACAGCAAGGAGUUCUAGGAUCACCCAAAGUGCCCCGCCCCCCUUUUCAACCAAGAUGCUCUUAAUGUUAUUGCCCCGUCUGUGGCAAAGGGACAAAGGCCAAAGCCAGGUCCUCCUGCUGGGUGUCGGCAUGCGGGAAGCAGCUGGUGGCUGGAGGAGUGUUGGUUCGGAGCGAGGAUCUGUUUAAGUAACAAACUACUGCCGAGGUGCCUUCAAGCGAGGCACUCAACCCCCAUUUCCUGUAGCGGAGCGGCUCGGCGGCCGGCAGCGACGUGGAGGUGGCGUCCUGGAUGGUGGAACUGUUGAAGGUGAUGUUGCUGAAAAACUGAGAAUGUGUUUUGGUCAGAGUUCUAAAGGAGGCGCUGUGGAGCUCGUAGAGACUGUUUGGAGUCGCGUACCUGGACGCUACACGCUGUUCACACUACAGGCUUAUCAGAUCACCGUGGAAACGAUCACCUGGCAGCUGACAGCAGGUUCAUAAACUUUAUAUCUGUACAUCUCAGAUCAUCAGGGGCCUUCUGCUCGACCACCCCUGAUUGGCUCAGAGCAUUCAUACGAAACUACGGGUUUUAAAAAUGCCACCUAGAUUCACAUACGAAUUACUUUCCAGGAUUUUUUUUAUUUUUUUAAUUAACUCUCGGCUAAUUUUCAGCACGUUUUCAUAUGUUGAAAUAGGAGCUGUUAAAGUUCAAAAAUCCCAAAUGUUCACUGUUAUUUCUCUUCAUGCCUUCGUUUCAACAUCAGACACGUAGAUCAAACCGUCUCUGGUUAAGGGCGGGUUGAAAUAUAAAAACCAGCAAAGCCGUCGUAGACAAAAACAUUGAUCGUGAAGUCGUGAUAUUUCCUGAACCGCAUGCAGUCGAAACAGUAAAAGUUGUUGGAGUUGGAGUUUCUCACAUGAUGUUCAGAGACUCAAACGUUAUCAGGCAAUUGAUAGCUCAAAGCUAAAACGUCCCGUAAACAUCUUAUAUCCAGAUUUUAUGUCAUGAAAUUUUCAGGCAAAUCAGAAAAAGUCAAGCAGAAGUUGAACCAAAAGCUUGAUCCUUUGAUGACGUACCGAUGAAGUUGUUGCCGGUUGCUACCUAGCGAGCUUUAUUUCAGCAUCUCUAACUGCGAGGCUCGACUAAUUCUUUAAAUCACACCAUAGCGAUGAGAAGCUGCUGGUCCUCGUCUCCUCUGCACAGCUGGAGUCUUCUGAAGUAUUCGCCAUUUUUGCCAAAUAAUGUCUUGAACCGGGCAGGUGGCGUACUUGGAAAUUUGGCCAGUGUGGUAUGUCGUCUGUGCAUCGUUGGCAUACUGAAAACGUUCAAGUCUGUCACGUCCUACUCGCUGCUUUGGGUCAGAACCAGUAUGCCAGUAGUAGGAAGGAUGCCAUUUCCAACAGACACGGUGUCGCCAGGCCUGAAGCUAGAGAUGCUCGUGGCAAACAAGUUCAAUGUGUGUGUGUGUGUGUGUGUGAGUGAGAGAGAGUGUGUGUGGUCCUCACAGACAGCUAGCAGGGCUAGCUCUUGCCAUCCCCUGUUCCCGUCACCUGAAGAGAAGCAGACUAAUAGAGUGUUUUCUAUCCGUGUGUGUGUGUGUGUGUACAUACCGACAGUAUAUUUGUGUACAUAUGUUCAGAAAAAUUUUAUAAUUUUAUAAAAUGGAAAUAUAGUAAAUGUUAUAUAUGAACUGCCAGCAGGAUGUCCUUGUAAAUGAAGUGCAUACAAAGUGAUUUAAAAUCCAUCGUUUUAUGUUUUCAGUGUCAGAGGUGGUGUGAAAAUUAAACAGCAGUUUAAUUCAACAG